GUUGAAAUGGAUAUCUCUCUUCAAACCCACAGGUCCUAUGUGAAUAGGCCUAUUUGCAACCUGCCGACACCAGCCUUGGUAUUGAGUCGUCCUCUCAUAGAGAACAACAUCAAACGCCUACACAAUGAUGUCUCGCAGCUGGGUAUCUCCUUUCGACCCCACGUUAAAACGCUCAAGGUCAGUAUAAGCAUUGCACUUAGCGUACAAGGAUAUGAAAUGACACCUUUUGCACAGAGUAUUGAAGUGACGCGGAUGAUGCUAGAAGGAGGUAAACACCGCAAGAUCGUUGCUUCGACAGUGUGCGAAAUCGAAGGUGCCUUGCCAUUGGUCGCAGAGGGAGUCCUAGACGAGUGUCUUUACGGGCUGCCCGUCACCGACAGUGUCCUCCCACGUCUUGUGAAGAUCAGACAAUCAAUCAAAAUCCAGCUUAUGGUCGACAAUGAGCAGCAGAUAGACCUUUUGGAGCAAUUCUCCUUGCAGAAUCCAGGACUCGAGAGAUGGGAUGUAUUCGUCAAGGUUGAUGUCGGCUCUCACCGCGCUGGUCUUAUGAACAAUUCCCCGCGUCUACGCCAAGUCAUCGAACGCGCAGAGAGCUCAUCCGCAGUAUCGAUCUAUGGAUUUUAUUGUCAUGCGGGCCAUUCAUAUGGAUGUCGUGAUCGUGAGUCGGUGGAUGUAGUCCUCCACUCUGAGCUAGAGGGUGCCCUAGCUGCCUCACAGAUGGUUCCGUCGGCUGACCCUGAUCGCUCUUUUGUUCUAUCCAUCGGAUCAACACCUACUGCUCAUGCGAUUCAAGCCAUCAAAGACAGAAUCCCCGAGGGAUAUAUUAUAGAACUCCAUGCAGGUAAUUUUCCCGCACUUGACCUUCAGCAAGUAUGCACCGGUCUAGUAAACCGGACAGACCAAGCAGUGCGCGUCCUAGCCGACGUGUGUAGCAUCUAUCCCGAGCGCAACGAAGCUCUCAUCAACGCCGGCGCUAUAGCCCUGUCCCGAGAGACCAGUUCCAUCCCAGGUUUUGGUCAACUUGUUGAACAACCUGAUUGGCAAGUGGUUCGCUUAUCUCAAGAGCAUGGCAUCCUUGGUCUUUCUUCCGAUCAGACAGCUAUGGCUGGGGGCACACAGAAUGUUGAGGAUGUGUUUCGAGUAGGACAAAAGGUGUCCGUAUAUUGUCAACAUGCCUGCAUCACUGCAGCCGCUUUUCACGUGUAUUAUGUGGUGGAUGAGAAUGACAUUGUGCGCGAUACUUGGAUUCCAUGGAAGGGCUGGUAA